AUGGACUGCCUCUUGGAGCGAUACUCACAUCUGCAACUGCUCAACCAACUCAUGCCGUCGCCGUACCAACAGCCAGGCUUGACUUCGACUCCGUUCGCCAGAAGAUCGCCAUCGAAAGGCAACCCUCGGCUCAGUGGCCAUAUGGGCUUUGACCCGAAUCUUGAUCUGUGCCUUGCCACCGGCAUUGUCAAUCUCGGUCACUCCGAGGGAAACGGAUUGGCUCUCGUUCAUCAAGCUCGUCUACAGUUUCAAACAGAGACCGAACGCCGCGCCGCUUCCGCUUUCGCAGGGUUUGGCGCCUUAGGCGGGUUUGAAGACAUGACCUCGCGUCGUAUCUCCGCCGGUUUGCACCUGCGCAAAGGAAACAAGGAGACAACCGCAAGCGGUUCAGCCUUCAGCGACAUUGAUAAUAGUCAGAGGGGUAGCUUUUUUGUGCUCUCAGACACGUCUGCCAGUCUUACAGAUGAUAUCCGGGAAGAAGAGGACGCAGGGUUAGCCGAGGCUGCAAGUCCCACCUUCGAGCUGGAUGGUGUAACGCGGCAAACGGAGCGAUUCCCUCUUCCUCCUAGCCGUCGCGCCAAGAUCGCCAGCGACGAGUCAGCCGUGACGAAGGUUCCGUUGGCCUCAGAUUCGCCGAGUUCCAUACCUUCUCCGGCACGAUACACAAGCAGGGACUACGAUGACAUGCUUCUCGAUGCGAUUGAUGCUUCCACUGCGCAUUUCUUGCCAGCGUCGUCGUUAAGAUCGCGAAUGGAAUGGUACGCCCCCUUGUCAACCUCAACACUACGCUUUCCAUGCUCAGACGCGCAGGACCAGGUGCGGGCGGAAUCUACCUCUGCCCAAGAGCAGGCGCAUGCCCUCCAUGACGCGAGGCGUAUGGGCAGCAAAGAGUCCAAUAACUCCAACACUUCUUCGCUGUCGGGCAUGAAACGCCUCAGUCUGACGCUGCGCGACAGCUUCGUGCGCAACUCGCCGCAAUCACUACACAAUCUUCUGAGCUUGCCAACUGAUAGCAGGAGACGCUCUGGCUCUGGAGAGCCGCAACCUCCCACUUUGUGUGCCGCGCACUUGACUGUCGCUACUGGUCGUCCCAGAAGCAACACGACGCCGGUUCGCCCCAAAGGCACGCUAAACUGGGCUACACCAUUUUUUGACGUCAUCCACGAAGAACACGGUAGUGUUGCACCUAGAAUAGGCAUUAAUGACGGCGGCGUGACAAACGAGCGAAUGAUCCUGGCCUCGCCUGUGCAGCCUGCAGCUUCCACUCUCCGUGCUCGACGACUAAACCUCUACGAGCCGGGCGGCAGCCCGACCGCUCAGCUUGCACGCUCGUCAUCACUGCUCUUGGGUUCACCCGCCACUCCUGCGUCCGGCUUGUCGCACGGGUUACGGUCUGUGACAACAUCGGCUCUGGCGCCGGCGCGAGUGCCAGCGCAAGUUCAUACUCUAGAACAGGAACAGCAGCUGAAGUUGCCACCCACACCUCUCGGAACGCCGUUUUGGGCCAACGACGACUUAUCGCGUAUUCUCUCGCAAUAUUCUUCGUCGUACCUAAGUUCUCAAAGCAAGACGCCACGUGCGGCAGCCACAACUGCGCCUUCAAAGCUGAGGACGAAGAUCAGUCCCGCGCAGAGCCGCGAAGACGGCGACAACCGUUGGAGCGCCGAACAAUUUUCGCGGCAGACACAUUAUACUCUAGGGUCAUGCUGUGAAUCGACUGAUGGGGAAGAUGACAUCAGUGGCGGAGGCAGAACAGAUGGCAAUAGGAGGCCGACGCGGCAAACACAUAGAUGUUGCACAUCCUCCCUCUCGCCCUUCAGCUCCCUUGCCUUUGGAUCUGUGUCGAGGUGUGAUGGGCAUGCCAAACGCCUUCCCUACGCCCCAGGAGGCAUGUCCGCGAGACCUCGCUUUGAAUCAAGCUGCAGCCAUGUGUCAGUGUCAUUCUUUUCUUCCUCUGCCGUGCGUCACAAGCGCGACGCGAGGCAAAGCAGGGAAAGCAGCACCUCGAUCUGGAGCUUGUCAAGAAGCAAGGGUCAUGGACUCUCGUUCUCCUCUUCAUCUUCGCCUGGGAUACCUGCGUUUGUCACCGACUCGGAAGGCUCAGCAGACGGUCUGACGCCGUCAGAAAUGCGUCGGAGACGCGAAAGCAUCAUUCGCAACGGUCCUAGGCCGUCGUCCAGCGGCGAUGGCCGUGCGCCGUUGUGGAGCUUGGGCCGCAAAGGCCGACAGGUCCAGCUGGACGCUGCGCAGCUAUCAAUUCAUACCAACUGUUAG